AUGGGGGGGCAUGAGAAACCUCGACAGGGCAAGGCAGGUGACGGUGGAGAGGUCGAAGGGACCGGCGAAGGGCCCGGCGGCGAGGGCAUGAUCGUAGGUAGGCUCGACAUGGGGAGCAUGUGGUCACUCGAUGGAGUGCGUGAGACCGGAGUAGAGGGUAAAGGAGGAAGGAUAAAGGAGGAAGGAGGAAAGGUAAAGGAGGAAGGUGGAAGGAUAAAGGAGGAAGGUGGAAGGAUAAAGGAGGAAGGUGGAAGGAUAAAGGAGGAAAGGAUAAAGGAUAAAGGAGGAAAGGUAAAGGAGGAAGGAGGAAAGGUAAAGGAGGAAGGAGGAAAGGUAAAGGAGGAAGGAGGAAAGGUAAAGGAGGAAGGAGGAAAGGUAAAGGAGGAAGGAGGAAAGGUAAAGGAGGAAGGAGGAAAGGUAAAGGAGGAAGGAGGAAAGGUAAAGGAGGAAGGAGGAAAGGUAAAGGAGGAAGGAGGAAAGGUAAAGGAGGAAGGAGGAAAGGUAAAGGAGAAAGGAGGAAAGGUAAAGGAGAAAGGAGGAAAGGUAAAGGAGAAAGGAGGAAAGGUAAAGGAGAAAGGAGGAAAGGUAAAGGAGAAAGGAGGAAAGGUAAAGGAGAAAGGAGGAAAGGUAAAGGAGAAAGGAGGAAAGGUAAAGGAGAAAGGAGGAAAGGUAAAGGAGAAAGGAGGAAAGGUAAAGGAGAAAGGAGGAAAGGUAAAGGAGAAAGGAGGAAAGGUAAAGGAGAAAGGAGGAAAGGUAAAGGAGAAAGGAGGAAAGGUAAAGGAGAAAGGAGGAAAGGUAAAGGAGAAAGGAGGAAAGGUAAAGGAGAAAGGAGGAAAGGUAAAGGAGAAAGGAGGAAAGGUAAAGGAGAAAGGAGGAAAGGUAAAGGAGAAAGGAGGAAAGGUAAAGGAGAAAGGAUAA